AUGUCGGCGUGUCUGGACUGGUGCUGCUCCAAGGUGCCACAGCGCGUCGUCAUCUCUGUGUUAUGUGCGAGUGCAAUGAUUGUAAUAGCCUUCAAGCGCAAGUGUAUCGAAGAAACUAUAAAUCUGGUUACGGUCAAUGUGCCCCAUUCAUCACCUGAUUACACCUACAAUUUCAAUGAUACGUGCCCUCUCACCUACGAAGGUACUGAGGAAGAAGCCGACCUCCAAAUGGUAACAGAGUACAACUGGAGCGGAACCACGACACGAUUGAUACAUCAUACUUUCUUCUUUUCCAGUGCUUUGGGGCUGGUCCCUGCGGGUCUGUUGGUCCACUGGCAUGGGCCUCGCAUCAUAUUCGGUAACGGCCUUCUGAUCUCCUCCAUGGUCUGCCUCUUCCAGCCAUUCUUGGUCUCCCAGGGUCCCUACUUCUUCAUGGCAAGCGUCAUCAUCCAAGGCUUCAGUCUGUGCGUGGCGUUCCCUUGCAUAAUCACCAUCAUGGUUCGCUGGGCUCCGGACAACGAGCGCAGCACCAUCGUAGGCACAAUCUUCGGCAGCUUCUCCCUCGGGCGAGCCAUCUCCCUCUUGGUCUUCCACGUCGCCUUCACCCGCUCCUCAAACCUUUUGACGAGUCACUACGUCGGUGGCGCAGUCGGUCUGUUGUGGUGCAUUGUAUGGUUUAGCUUGGCUUACGAUUCGCCCACAAGCAAUCCGUACAUUUCCGAAUUGGAGCUAUCACUCUUCGGCCCCUCGAGGGACUCGAGGAGGUCCCCCGAUGUACCUUGGAGGGAGAUUUUCAAGUCCCGCCCUUUCUUAGUUUUGUUACUGAUAACUUGUGCGGACGAAUGGAAAUUCGGAAUGAUGCACACUGUGGUCCUCAUAACGUACUAUGAGGACACCCUGCACGUACACACUGAUGGCUUAAUGCGUAUGGUGGAGGUAGCAGCCUUCCCGACGGCGGUGCUAGGGGGCGUGCUCAGCGAUUGGUUCAUCAAUAACGACAUCAUCUCCAGAACAAUGUGCAGGAAGAUUUUCAGCUUUGUAGGUGUUAUGGUUCCGACAUUCCUGACCGUGUUCAUCACUGAAAUCGGCUGCGACCCGGACCACUAUAUUGCGUGGCAAAUCCUCAUUUUUCUUCUGUUUGGCUUCACUUACGGAUCCAUCGUGGUGAACGCUAUAGACCUGAGUACUCGCUACGCCGGCUUGAUUUCGGCUAUGACCAACACCGCCGGACUGUUCGUCUCUCUGUUCCCGGCAUACGUGGCGUACGCCAUCAUCAAAGAUACUCACAGACUGAGCGAGUGGAGUAUGAGCCUCUGGGUCUCUGCAAUGAUUGUUACAACGCUGUCGGUGCCUUACUUCCUGUACGCUUCCGGGGAGAAGCAGCAGUGGGCGUUGUCGCGGAGGUCAGCAACAUUGUCCCUGAGUGAGGUUCCGGACACCGACCUAACUCAAGAUCAUCCCAGCGACCAAAAUCAGGAGCAACACGAAAAGCGUUAA